GUCUACAGGAAACAACUGAGAACUAAGCAAAGCAUGUUAUAAAAUAUUUUUGUUUCUGAAUUCAUGAGAACGUAGCCAUAUGCUAAAGUGCAGGAAGUGCAAAAGGUAGAUUCGUUUUGGUUUUUGUAUGGUUUUUCUUUUUUUACUGUGCCCACAGUGCUGUAGUGUAGAAGUAACAGCAAGCAGAAGCAGAGGAGACAGUUGGAGACAGCCAUGGAGGUUGCCUUUAAGGAGGGUGUAUUGUAUUUACAAGGAGUCAAGUUUGGAAAGGAGGCCAGAGAAGAGGGUCCGUCUGUGUGACUGCCUGAGCAUCACCCUGGCCCAGGAGGAGGUCUGCCCCCCGGAGUGUAGUGCCUUCCUCCUCAGCACCACCCAGCGGUGCUACACCCUGGCCUCCGACACCUGCCAGGACUGGGUCUGCACCCUCUCACAGGUGGCUUUCCAGACACCGGAUAGCCUAAAAUCACGGGGCUGGAGGGAAGAGAAAGAACCCACAGAGCCAGAGACGAGACUUCUUCAGACAUUGGGGGAGAUACCCAUGGAAGACAAUGAACUGUACUCAUCUUGGAAAACAGCCCAGUACGAGGUCACAAUCCAGCCCACUGAGGCCUCGAGGAGGUGUAAGCUGGCAGGGGACUACCUCCUCUGCCCGGUCAUAGACGGCCUCCAGCUGCUGGAGCUCCACACAGCCCAGACCAUCUACAGCUGGCCCUACCACCUCUUACGCAGAUUUGGUUUAUUCAAGGGGGGCUUCUCCAUCGAGGCAGGCCGUCGCUGCUCCUCGGGGGAGGGGCAGUUCAGCUUCCUGUCCCAGCUGGGUCCCCAGAUCCACCGGGCGGUGGAGGAGGCCAUCGCCCAGCACCGUCAGGAGGAGGACACGAAACCUCCUCCCUGGACCUCCCUUCCCCCUUCUGAAGCCCCGACCUCGGGCUGUUAUCGUGACAGCAGCCACCUCCAAUCUGACUGUCCUGACAGACUCACCGGCGCUCAACAGCCACCCAGGUCCUCUCCCACUGGAUUUUUACUUCCCGAGGAAGAGAGUGAUGAGUGUGACGGUCAGCUGUAUGCGACGAUAGACGACAGCUCUGGAGCAAGCUGCAAACAUCCAGCACCUAGGAGGAUGCUGAGCCUGCCUGAGGCCAGCCUGGAGUCUGGAGGGGAUGAGGAGGACAGUGAGAGGUGUUAUUCUCUGGACGCAAUCAGACUGGACAACUUGAAUGGAGAGUCUGACUAUUACAACCUGAGAACAUGGGUGGAGGGCCAGGGGGUCACAGAGAAAGACAGUUCUAGAAUGGAGUGUACAUAUGCAAUAGUGAGCAAUCCGCAGUCCCAGUGCCAAUCCCAGACAAAUUUCCAAGGCCAACUGCAGGCGCAGCCGCAGCCUAACUAUUAUCAGCCUAAGUCACACCCCCAACUUGAGAUCCGAUCUCCUGUCAAGCCCCAGCGGACCCACCCGAGGCCCCAGCUCCGAGCCCUGAGUCAGCCCCGACACCAGUCCCCGGCCCAAGUGGAAGAGGAGGCAGAGGAAAGAGGGGAGGGGCGGGCCAGACAUGUUUCCCCUGCCAUCAAUCCAACUGAGAUCCCUGGUAGCUUUAAACAGAGGCUGUCAGAUAUCCUCGCUAAAGACCUGGCAAAGUUCCAGCAGGCCCUGCCCUCAGGAGAGAGUGAUUCUCCAACCUUCCACCACUAACUGUCAAAGUAAAUAUUCUGAAGGAAAAUAUUAGAGAUUAUAGAACAUUAUAGAUAUAAUAUCUAUAAUUAUGUCUUUAAUUAUGUUUGUGUGCUCACAAAAAUAUAAUUGGUCUGUAAUUUUAUCGGAUAUUUGAGUUCAUCAUUCACUUGUUCACAAUUUUAUACUGUUAAAAAAGUGUUUUGGUGAUGGAAAUGAGAGACCAAAAAGCUAUUUAAAUAUGUACAUUUUAGAACAAAUUCUUUUUUAUUGCUUCUUCAUAAGUAAAAAUAACCAUUACAUAAAUACCAAAAUAGUUUCAUGUUUAAAUACAUAUGCAGAUAGCAAAAGGGACAAAUGCAAUCAG